AUGCAAUGUAAUUAAAAAUGUUUUGCUUAACCAGGCCAAACCUUGAUCGAUCUAGCUAUUAUCAAUAAUUGCAAUGUGUGGAGAUUGAAGAAGGCAAAUAAGUUAGAACAUUGCCAUUUGAUCCCAGGCUAGGAGGUGAUAAUGUAAUAUGAUAAUAAGCGUGUUUUAUAACGCGAUUUGCUCAAAUCCAUUAAUAUUUCAAUACCCAUUCUCUAUAUGUGGGAUAGGGAUCAUAUACAGGGUAAUUUGUAGAUCUGCUAUGAUUAUCUGAUUUUUACUGUUAAUUCAAAGAAAUUGAGUAAGGAGCAUAAAGGCAAGGAAGAUCAUUUAAAUUUUUCUAUAUAUGUAAAUGAGAUUUACAAAAUAAUAUUCAAUCCAAUAGCUGAGUUAAUGUAAAUAAUUAUAUGGGGUAUUUGUGGUAACAGAGUGCCUGAAAACCAAAAGAAACUUCUCAUUGAAUUAAAAGCUAUAAAAGGAGAAACUAAGGCAGUAAAGGCAUUUGUAAGGGAAUUCUGGUAAAUGAAAGGCAAGAGCAAAAGAAUGAUAACGAUGGAGGCAUUUACAUAUUUGAUACAACAACUAUAACAUGAGCAUGAAUCUGUUACUGGAGACUCGUUCAAUACGAGAGUGAAAAAAGGAGAGAGCAAUAUAGAGUGCCUGAGUAGCGUGUAUAAUUUCAAUUAUGUUGAAAUAAACGAAAAGAAUGGGUCAAUGGAGGUUUGCAAGGCUAGGUAGCAAUAAUAACCAAAAGAAUAAGCAAAGGUUAGUUUGAGUGAGGAGAGUCGAAUAAUCUCUAUGAAGUAAGUGUUAGAAAUAGCAGACGGUAUGCCAUCUUAUUUGUAGACGAAGCCAUGGUUCUUAUUAUUUUCUAUCAAUAGACAUGGUAGUUCGUAUCAGGAAUUUUUGAGGAGAACAGAAUAUGCUGGGCCUCACGUGAUUCUGAUUAAGGAUCAAGGCAAGAAGGUAUUUGGAGGAUUCUUGUUGAGUUCUUGGAGAUUGUCUAAGAAUGAGUUUUUCGGACAGGGAGAAUCCUUUUUGUUUAUCUGUCUAUAUAAUCAUACAAGGAUAUUCAAAGGAUCCCAGAAAAAUAGGUGUUUUCAAAUGGCUGAUGAGACUGGGUUCAGUAUUGGAGCAGGAGAUAAAUAUGGUUUAUUUGUAAGCAGUUCGUUUAGUAAAGGGGAAUCGAAUCCGAGUGAAACUUUCGAUAAUGAGGUGUUGUCGAGCGAGGUUAAUUUCCAGAUCCAAGAGUUUGAGGUUUGGGGUUUGGAUGAGGAAGCAGUGCAUUAAUUGAAGUUUCAAGACUAGAAAAGAUCAUUAUUUACAAAAUGA